GUUUCUUCCCAGAACAUUCUCUCCCCUCUCUUCAAUUUUUCACCGUUUUUUUCUAUCUGAAAAGUAAACAAAACAAACAAACUUCAAACCAUUUUCCUGUAUGUUGUUUCAGACUUAAACACAGAGAUCGGGAGUUGAAAGCCAGAAAUCGGAAUAACAUGGGUCAAGCCUUUCGCAAACUCUUCGACACAUUUUUCGGCAACUCUGAGAUGCGGGUUGUCAUGCUUGGCUUGGAUGCGGCUGGCAAGACAACUAUAUUGUACAAGCUGCACAUUGGGGAAGUCUUAUCGACGGUUCCUACAAUUGGUUUCAAUGUGGAGAAAGUCCAGUAUAAAAAUGUCGUGUUCACUGUUUGGGAUGUUGGAGGACAAGAGAAAUUGAGGCCCUUGUGGAGGCACUACUUUAAUAACACAGAUGGACUGAUUUAUGUGGUAGACUCCUUGGACCGAGAGAGAAUUGGAAAGGCAAAAACAGAAUUUCAGGCCAUCAUUAACGAUCCAUUUAUGCUGAACAGUGUCAUAUUGGUCUUUGCGAAUAAGCAGGAUAUGAAAGGAGCCAUGACGCCAAUGGAAGUAUGUCAAGGACUAGGUCUAUUUGAUCUCAAACACAGAAAAUGGCAUAUACAAGGAACGUGUGCUCUCAGAGGAGAUGGACUUUACGAGGGUUUAGACUGGUUAGCUGGAACCCUCAAGGAGAUGAGAGCUGCUGGAUAUUCUUCAGUAGGAACAUCAUUUUAAAGAGAUAUAAAAGGUCCAGGUUGGCUGGUCAAAAGCUGACUCCUCCACUUUGCAGAUUUCAAAUUGUAAUCAGAAUGUCUUGUUUCCCUUAUCAAACUUGAAAUUAUCAGGUGCCUACUCUUUGGCCUUGACCUUUGAAAGUUAACUGACUAGAAUGUAAUAUAUAUCCAUAUAUAUAUAUAUAUAUCCAAAAUGCAGGUUUGCCCCUAAUUAGUGUUAUCUUCUUUA